AUGUCUCGAAGCUCGACUUCCCCUCAAGCCUCCUCGAGCAGCUCCUCUCGACACCCCUCGGUCAGCCAGUCUCAACACCAUGCCCCGGCCACACCGAGCGGUCUGCGGGAAUCGUCAACAUUGACCCAGUCGCCAGAAGGCGUGCGAGAUCCAGGCGAUACUCAGGAUGUCGGGAAGGCAGGGCCCAGCUCGGUGACAUCGCCGCUCACCUACCCUUCGCAACUCGACUACGAGCCUGACGCGGACGAGCAGAGCCUUGAUGGCAAGUCGCAGGGUAUAAAUAAGACUGGGAGCCAGGCCAUAACGGAGACUACGGCUCUCCUGAGGAAGCCUUUCGAGUACGUAGCUAGCACGCCUGCGCAUACCGAGCCAUGUAACCAUGGGACGUUCUCCCCCAGACUCGAGAGCCGGGCGGACAGCGUGAGGAGCGCGAACAGUGGAUUUGGCUUUGGAGGAUCCCCUCCGAGGAGAACGGACUCUGGAGAGGGCGCCGGAGGGGCAUACAGGAGCAUGUUUGCUGUCAUGAGGCCGAACAAGAAAAUGAGCACGACGAGUUAUCUGGCUGAGCGGCAUGGAAUCACGAAUACAAAAACGAUGUACCUGACUUAUUAUGUUCCCUUCUUUGCCUGGAUCCCACAAUACAGAUGGGUGCAUCUGCAGGGGGAUCUUGUGGCUGCCCUCACCAUGGCAUCUUUCUACUUGCCUAUGGCCCUUUCGUAUGCUGCGAAUCUUGCCCACAUACCGCCGAUCAAUGGAUUAUACUCGUUCGUCUUCAAUCCCUUCAUAUAUGCGAUACUUGGUAGCUGUCCACAGAUGGUGGUUGGUCCUGAGGCGGCUGGUAGUCUUUUGGUCGGCACCGUAGUAAGGUCCAGUGUGGAUAGUGGGAAAACACCAGAGGACGACGACGAAAUACAUGCCAGGAUUGCGGGAGUUGUGACGGGACUGGCCGGAGCAAUGAUUUUCAUCGCUGGCCUCACCCGGUUGGGAUUCCUGGACAGUGUUCUGAGUAGGCCUUUCUUGAGAGGCUUUAUUUCCGCCAUUGGAUUUGUCAUUAUGGCGGACCAGCUCAUCCCAGAGUUGGGGUUGGCGGAUCUGGCAGAGGAGAGUGGCGUAAGUCACGGCAGCAGUGUGGCCAAACUGGAAUUUCUGUUCGGAAACUUCCAGCAUGCCUCUAAGAUCACCGCGACUGUUGCAGGUGUGAGCUUCUUGAUUAUCAUGAUUUUCAGAGAAAUGAAGAAGCGAAUGCAACCUCGCUACCCUAACGUUGCGUACUUCCCAGAUCGCUUUCUUGUCGUUGUGUGUGCAGCGGUCUUGACCUGGCAAUUGCGAUGGGACGAGAAGGGACUCGAGAUCCUGGGGGAGGUCAAAACGAUUGCUGGGAGUCCGUUCACUUUCAGAUGGCCAUUCCAGAUCUCUCACAUGAAACAUAUCCAAGAAGCAAUGUCAACUUCAUUUCUAAUCGCCAUGCUCGGCUUCUUCGAAUCGUCCGUAGCUGCUAAGAGUCUCGGCGGUGGGGAUGGAAAGGAUGGGAUUCAGGGAAUCGCAUUGAGUGCUAAUCGCGAGCUUGUUGCGUUGGGUGUUGCGAACCUGGUUGGUGGAUGCUUCGGUGCUCUUCCUGCCUUUGGUGGCUACGGAAGAAGUAAAGUGAAUGCGAGUACCGGAGGCAAGACGCCGAUGAGCAGCGUUUUUCUGAGCAUAAUCACUGUUCUGUGUGUCUUGUUUCUGCUACCGGCAUUUCACUACCUUCCCAAAGCUGUUCUAAGCUCUAUGAUCACUGUCGUAGCAUGGUCUCUUAUAGAAGAAGCUCCACAUGAUAUCAUGUUCUUCAUCAAGAUCCGGGGAUACACGGAGCUUGGCCUGAUGAUCAUUAUCUUCGCAGCAACAAUCUUCUACUCUCUUACCUUGGGGAUGGCAAUCGGAGUAGGGCUGUCCCUCCUUUCCGUCAUCAAGCACAGCACCCGACCACGCAUCCAGAUCCUGGGCAGGAUACCAGGAACAAACCGCUUCGAAAACGCCGAAGACAAGCCUGAGGAUCACUUGGAGUUCAUCGAAGGCUGCUUGAUAGUUAAGAUUCCGGAGCCCUUGACAUUCGCCAACACUGGAGAACUGAAGAAUCGUCUCCGACGGCUUGAGCUUUACGGGACGACGAGUGCUCACCCAGCUCUACCUCGCGUGCGCUCCCCGGAGCACAACAAGAACGUCAUCUUCGACAUCCACGGUGUCACCGGGCUCGACGGCUCCGGAACGCAGGUCCUCGAAGAGAUCGUCCGCAAAUACCGAGACCGCGGCGUGCGAGUCUUCUUUUCCCGUGGGCCCGCGGAAGGGACGCCCAUCUACGAGCUGUUCCGCCGGAGCGGCAUCCUGGAGCUGUGCGGCGGCAAGGAUCACUUCGUCUCGGAUGUCGGCGAGGCGUUGAGGCUGACGGAAAUGGGUUCCGGAGGCGAUUUUGGUGGUGGGUAUGCCCAUUCUACCGGUGGUGAGUGA